AAAACAAGUUGGCAGUUUCAAGGCUCUGCUGGUUCGGAGCGCAUCAAAUUAAAAUCAAUUAAAUCCAAUCAAAGCGCCCAAUAGAAGCUAUAUCUACAGCUGUGGACAGCAGAGCGACUUCCCGAUAACGUCACAGAUAAGAUAAACACCUCACACUCCCCCCACAGGUGAAAAAAAGUUCAUUUGUUUAUUUGUAGCAGCCGGCAGAAUGUGGCGACAGCUCAGCGGAGUCGCACGAACAGGAAGCAGCCUAAGCCUCUGCAGAAUGCGAGGAUUCUCGGCACUGGUGCAGGAUAAGGCGCUGGUGGAUGGCGCCUGGGUGGACUCCAGCAAUGCCAAGGCGACCUUCGAGGUGCGGAAUCCAGCCAAUGGUGCUGUCAUCGGCAAGGUGCCCAACAUGACGGUGGCGGACGCCCAGAAGGCCAUAGACGCCGCCAAGCAGGCGUACGAGUCCAAGGAGUGGCGAUCCCUCACGGCCAAAGAUCGCUCCAACCUGCUCAAGAAGUGGCACAAGCUGAUCGAGCAGCACACACAGGAGAUAGCCGAGAUAAUGACGGCCGAGUCGGGCAAGCCGAUCAACGAGUCCAAGGGAGAGGUGGCCUACGGCAACGCUUUUGUCGAGUGGUUUGCGGAGGAGGCACGUCGCAUCUACGGCGAGAUUGUGCCCAGCGGUUUGCCCAAUCGCGAGAUCAUUGUGAUGAAGCAGCCCAUCGGAGUGGCGGCCCUCAUCACGCCCUGGAACUUCCCAUUGGCCAUGAUAACGAGGAAAGCUGGAGCCGCGUUGGCCGCAGGAUGUACGGUCGUGGUGAAACCUUCAGAGGAUACUCCUCUGACUGCUUUGGCGGUGGCCAAGUUGGCAGUUGAUGCGGGCAUUCCGAAAGGCGUGAUAAAUGUGGUCACCACAAACAAAGCGGCUCCCAUUGGCGAACUCUUUUGCAAGAGUCCCGAUGUGAGGGGCAUAUCCUUCACGGGCUCCACUGAAGUGGGCAAACUGCUGUUCCGCAGCUCUGCUGAUGGCAUCAAACGAGUUUGUCUCGAACUCGGCGGCAAUGCUCCCUUUAUUGUCUUCGAUUCGGCAGACAUUGAGAAAGCAGUGGACGGCGCCAUGGCCUCAAAGUUCAGGAACUGCGGACAGACCUGCGUCUCUGCCAAUAGAUUCUUUGUGCAGGAUGGCGUCUACGAUAAGUUUGUUGGGCAGCUGAAGAAACGCGUGGAGGCUUUGAAGAUCGGAGAUGGUCAAGGAUGCGAUGUGCAAAUCGGACCACUGAUCAACGAAAUGCAAUUCAACAAAGUCAGUGGCUUCGUAGAGGACGCCAGGUCCAAGAACGCGAACAUUGUCCUGGGCGGAGCGCCAUUGCCCGAUAAGGGAUCCCUCUUCUACGCACCCACAAUCAUCACAGAUGUGCCGCCCUCGGCUCGACUCUACACCGAGGAGGUCUUUGGUCCAGUGGUCAGCAUCAUUCGGUUCCGAGACGAAGAGGAGGCGGUGAAGAAGGCAAACGACACCAGGAGAGGCCUGGCCGGUUACUUCUACAGCGAGAAUCUGCAGCAGGUGUUCCGGGUGGCCAAGCGACUGGAGGUGGGCAUGGUCGGUGUAAACGAAGGCAUCAUCUCCGCUGCCGAGGCACCAUUCGGUGGCGUCAAGGAGUCCGGUGUCGGACGGGAGGGCUCCAAGCACGGCAUCGACGACUAUGUGGACAUCAAGUACAUUUGCAUGGGCAACCUCAAGUACGACUGAAGUCCGAUGGAGGAGUCACUCCCGCUGCUUUCAUACGCUGUCUUCCACUAGAAUGCGAUUGGUUUAUUGUUGUCUAAUUGUAGAAUAACACGCCGCUACUUUAAUAAAUGUGCACAAAGUCUACCUGAA